AUGGAAAAUGCCACCACAGUGACAUCAUUCAUAUUGACAGCAUAUUCAGAAAUGGAUAAUCUGAAAUAUCUGCACUUCUUUGUAUUCCUUGUGUUGUACAUCCUAAUCAUCAUUGUCAGUUCAAUUCUUACUGUUGUAACUUAUAUUGAGAGAGCUCUACAUGAACCCAUGUACUUACUUGUCUGUAACUUAGCAGUUAAUGGGGUGUAUGGUAGCACAGGUUUAUUACCAGCUUUACUGGGACACUUGGUGUCUGAAACACAUGAAGUAUCUCUAGGCUGUUGUCUGGCACAGGUGUUUUGCUUACACACAUAUGCCACUGUUGAAUUUACAAUCUUAGCAGUGAUGGGCUAUGACAGGUAUAUUGCAGUAUGUUACCCACUGCAUUACCACAGCAUUAUGUCAAUUUCAAGAACUUGGAAGCUUAUUGCAUUUUCAUGGAUUUAUCCAUGUUCUAUUUUUAUCAUGUAUUUUUCAUUGACUCUGCGACUUACAUUUUGUGGAAGGUUUAUUGAGAAGGUGUAUUGUGUUAACUUUGAACUGGUCAAGCUUGCCUGUGCUGGUGCAUCUCUGAUUAACAUUGUUGGGCUGGUAUCAAUUAUCUUUUUCAUUCUCCCCCAGCUCUUCAUGAUACUUUUUUCCUAUGCGCAAAUACUUAGGGUUUGUCUGCGCUCUUCAAAGGAAUCUCAGAUCAAAGCCCUUCAGACAUGCACACCUCACUUACUGUCAGUGAUAAACUAUUCUGUGGGAUCCUUUUUCGAGAUCAUUCAGAGUCGCCUCAACAUGAGCCAUGUACCCCCUGAAACUCGAAUCUUCAUGUCACUCUAUUUUAUAUUAUUUCCACCCAUGUUAAACCCUGUGAUUUAUGGAAUGACCAUUCAUGCCAUCAGAGUGCGGAUUUUCAGUAUGUUCCGUGUAAGAAAAUGGUAA